GUUAUGUUGCCCUCAUAAAAAACAGAGAGAAAGAAAACAGAGCAGCAAAAGGUGGGGAAACAAAAGGUCAUGCAUCUCUUCUGAUAUAACAACAACACACUCCCCAAACCCCCUUCCCUUGCUUUCAUUUCUCCUCCCACCACCACCACCUUCCCCUUCCCUAAAAACUCACAACAAACAAACAAACCACAACGCAUUUCCCAUCUUCUUCUUCUUCCUUUCUUCAUAAAGCUAGCAGCUUUCCAUUUCACAGACUACUCUCUGUUUCACCACAUUGUUUCUCUGUUUUUUUCCAUUUCUUUGGGGUUUUCGCACAAUGGCUGUUCAAGCCCAGUCUUACCCAGAGACCGUUGGACCCAGUUUCUUCCCCAUGUGCGGGUCCCAGGAUUGGUCGCCGCCGGCCAAUUUCACCGACGACCAAUCCCACCGCCGAAUCCCCUGUUUCGGCCUCCCGGAACAGCAACAACUCGCCUUCCAACCGCCGAACAAUCUCUUUCUCCACCAACAACAACAAGUUCCCACCUCCCAAACGACGCCCUCUACCUCCACCUCCACCGGCGGCGGGUCUCAAUCCGUCCUCCGCUCCCAGCUCGAGUCUCAGCGGCAGGAGCUUGACUCCUUCCUCCAAUUCCAGAACGAGAGGCUGAGAUUGGCGCUACAAGAACAGAGGAAGCGCCAGCUGGCGGUUGUGUUGAGAGGAGCGGAAGCCAGGGUGGCGGCGAUGGUGAGACGGAAGGAAAGCGAAUUGACGCAAGCGGCGACCAAACGAGUCGAGCUGGAGGCUCGCCUGAGGAAGGCGGAGGCGGAGAGGGACACGUGGCGGAGGGUGGCGGCGGAUACGGAAGCUGCGGCCUUGAAUCUGAACCGACAGCUGGAGCACGUCAAGGAGCGAAUGAUGUGUUCGACGGCAGCGGGGUUUGAUGGGAGCGACGGCGACGCGGAGUCGUCGACAAGCGGAGGGGAGCGGUGGUCGUCCUCGCCGGCGGCGAGGGGAGGAGGUUGUCGGAGGUGCGAAACUCGAGGGGCGUGUGUGGUUCUUUUGCCGUGCAGGCAUCUGUGCUCGUGCAAGGCUUGCGAGGGGUUUCUUGGGGCUUGUCCCGUUUGUAAUUCUGUGAAGGAAGGGAGCUUGGAGGUUUUUUGGGGUUAAAGAGGCGAAGGUAAAAAGAUGAGGGGGUAAAGGGGAAGACUAUUAAAUUUUGGGGGGUUAGAGGAUUGGAAUUGGGAAGGACAAAGGAGGGCAGAGAGAUUUUUUGGGAAGAACACAUGUUGGUGGUGGUACAUGUCAUUAUGGGGCUUUUUGUUGGUUUCCAGUCUUUUGUUUCUUGGGUAAUUAAUUUGUUGAGUACAAAAUUGGUACUCCACUUUGUUCAACUUUAUUACUAAUUUAGUACCUAAAGGGGCUUUCUUAACAAUUUUCGUCCACGUGAAUUAUGGA